GUACCGGCGAAGUACCUGCGGAUCGGCUUUCCUCCUCCUCCUCACUGGCUUCUUUCAGUUUGGCGGUGGUGGAGCUUUUUUUUUUUUUUCUUUUUUUUUUUUUUUCCCUUCCCAACCCUCCCUCAAAUUCAGGGAGACGCUUCUGAAGCGGGGUGAGCGCUGAUCUUACGUAAAUGGUGCUGCUCCGGGGAGGGCAUCUCCCCUGCCAGCCCCGGGCCAGGGGAGCAUCCUCGGGCGCCGCUCGCCCUGCCUAGCGAGCGGGCUCCUCGCUGCCGCCCUGCCCGAGAUCCGCACCGGCAGCGGCACCGGCGGGGGCGGGCGCUGAGCAGCAGCCGGCAGCCCCGCAGCCCCGCUCCCGGCGGGUUUCGGCGCCUCCGCGGAGCGGCCGCGGGGAUGAUGCGGCGCGUUGGACCCCGCGGCGGGGAGGGCGCUAUGUCAGAGAGAUAACGCGCCUCCGCCCGCAGCCCGGGGGCAGUGUCGGUGCCAGCCCCCCCGGACCCGGCUGCCUGCGAGCCGCUCGCAGCUCGGCGGACGGACUGGCCGCGGCGGCGGGGCCGGGCAGCGGCGGGGCGAGGCCCGGCGCGGCGGGGGAGCGGCGGGCGGCCGUGCCGGGGCAGCCCGCCUGCGGGGGGCGAGCGGCCGGGAGGCUGAGGAGCGCAGGCAGCGGAGCCGGGGAGGAGGAGGAGGAGGGCAGCGCCAUGACUCAUUUGCAGGCAGGUCUCUCCCCGGAGACUCUGGAAAAAGCCCGCCUGGAGCUGAACGAGAACCCCGACACCUUGCACCAGGACAUCCAGGAGGUGCGGGACAUGGUCAUCACCCGGCCGGACAUCGGCUUCCUCCGCACCGACGAUGCCUUCAUCCUGCGGUUUCUGCGGGCCAGGAAGUUUCAGCACUUCGAGGCGUUUCGCCUCCUGGCCCAAUACUUUGAAUAUCGCCAGCAGAACCUGGACAUGUUUAAGAGCUUCAAGGCCACAGACCCGGGCAUCAAGCAAGCGCUGAAGGAUGGUUUCCCCGGCGGGCUGGCCAACCUGGACCACUACGGCAGGAAGAUCCUCGUCCUUUUCGCUGCCAACUGGGACCAGAGCAGGUACACGCUGGUGGAUAUUCUGCGUGCCAUACUUCUUUCCUUAGAAGCCAUGAUAGAAGACCCUGAGCUGCAAGUGAAUGGAUUUGUUUUGAUUAUAGACUGGAGCAACUUCACCUUCAAGCAGGCCUCCAAGCUCACACCAAGCAUGCUUAGAUUAGCCAUAGAGGGCCUUCAGGACAGCUUUCCAGCUCGGUUUGGAGGAAUACAUUUCGUCAAUCAGCCGUGGUAUAUCCAUGCCCUCUACACAGUUAUCCGGCCCUUUCUGAAGGAGAAGACGCGAAAAAGGAUAUUCCUGCAUGGUAACAACCUCAACAGCCUGCAUCAGCUCAUACACCCUGAGAUCCUGCCUUCAGAGUUUGGAGGAAUGUUGCCCCCCUAUGACAUGGGCACGUGGGCACGAACACUGCUUGACCAUGAGUACGAUGAUGACAGUGAAUGCAAUGCAGACUCCUACAACACUCCUGCAAAGGACAUAGAAAAGGACCUCUCUCCCAAAUCCAUGAAAAGGUCUCAGUCAGUUGUGGAUCCUGGGGUGCUGAAACGCAUGGAUAAGAAUGAGGAAGAAAACAUGCAGCCCUUGCUUUCACUUGACUAACAGUUUUUGAGCAUUGGACAUGAACUGAGGUGGAAGGCACUGCCUCUCAGCAACAAGAAAAUCACUGGGAAAGAGUGUAACAGCUGGAACCCUAUUUACAUGUGUUAAUGUAGCAUAUUGGCAGCAGGUGUUACUAUUCUGCCUGAAUUCUGGAAGCCCUUUGGUGAAAAAGAAGUGGAGAAAAAAAGAAAAUUAAAUAAAAUAAAAAAAAAAGGAAUCAAUAAUUUAUUCUGUAAGUGCCAACUUGUUGUAAAUACAAUAUAAUCCUCCAAUUUUACUUUGUAAGUUAUGAUAAACAAGUGCUAUGGAAAUGAGUUACUACUAAAUAUGUCAGUGAAAUGCACCAUAAAAAAGAGAAGAAAACGUGUGUGUUCUCACAUGCGCACACACAUGCACAGAGAGAAACAUACUGAGCAAAGAAAAACAUCAAAGGCAAUUAAGAGUUGUCCUUCCCAUGGGAAGCCAACUAGUAUAUUGACUACUGGAUUUCUUUCUGCAGUGAUCACAUAGUGUGCUAAGAUAAAGAGGGACUAUAAGUGCUUGGGAGAUGCUGUUUCCUAACUGUGGGAAUUGGUUUCUCAAAUAACACUAAGGUCUAGGAUUGGUAUUUAGCAUAAACAAUGUGCAUUGUGAGAAAGAUCACAGGUGAACUGGAACCAAGUCUUGGAUAGCUUUGUCAUUUAGCUGUAUAGGUCUCUGAGGUUUCAUCCCUAGCUUUUCAUUUACACAAGUAACCUGGAUGGUACCCUAAUCUGGGUGUUGUCAUGUGGGACACACUGGAGUUACUUCUCUUGCAUUUUGGGUGCACAUCAAGGAUCUUUCCAGAACUCUGUUCUCCCUUGGAGUGAGACAUUAGUCCACUAACUACAGUGGAAUAACCAGUACCUGAAAUUAAAGCCUGGCAGCAGAGGUUAGUCACUGAAUCCUGUGCACUGGGAGACUGGAUACAUAUAUAUAUAUUUUUACCAAUCUCUGACAAGCAUACAAGGUGACAUUGUUAGAUAAGUAUAUUUCAUUGACAGUUUAUACAAGAAAUCAUACCUAUUCAAUGUACUUAGAUAUAUUAUAGAUUGUAUAUUGAGACACUGUCAUUAUUAAUAUAGUAGAACUUUCCAUAGAUCAACAGCAUCCCACUCCAAGCCAAGAUUAAUAUGAAUAAGUUUUAGUCAAACAUCUCAGCCUAUAGUUUGGGACACCUUUGUUUUCGUUGUAGUGUAACUGUAUAUACUGAACAUGUGCCAUAAUAGAGAAAUACAUUUUACCUCAAAAGGGCAACAGUUUUCACUAGGGAUUGGGUAAAUCUGCUGAAACAUAGGGGCUGUGUCAUCUCUGUGUGCUGGCUGAUGUGUGUGCAGCCAGUGGCGUGCUGAGGCGAGAAUGUAAUUUCUUAUUAGGACUUAGAUUGACAGUCAGAGUGGGAAGACACACAGGGUGCCCAGCAAGACAUCUGAAUAACUAAAGGCAUUGUAAGAGCAUGUUCAGGCAGUGCAGGGAUUAGUUAUGAAAACACUGACCACACUGGAGGUGAUAGUUCACAGCAACCCUGCCUCCCGAGUGCUAGAGUUUAAAACAUUUCUUCUAUCACUCCAGUGAUAGGUGAAGUUUCCAAGUUACUGAUUGUAGGUCACCUUUUCUCAUCCAGGAUGAUUACAGCUGUAAGAUUUGGUAGGCUGAGAUGAGUUAAGAGCGGAGAGUGAGAACUUGAAAGUCUGUCGUCUCGAGUUGAGCUGUAACUCCUGUGGUGGCAGCUCCAGCGUUUCUCAGGGCUGAGACGACCCUGACUCUUCCAGCAUCACCCUUGAUUAGCCCAGGCCAAUCACAGAUAAAGCUUUCCUACUUCACAGGUCAUUAGCAGCACUGAUAAAUAGUGCAUGCCCUAAUAUGCCAUCAGCCUGCAGGAACUUAUCUGAACAACUCAUUGCCUUUCUGCUUUCCUAAUUCUGUUUUCAUGGUAUGUGUUAGGAAAUGCAGAGAGGAAAGAUAUGGAGCCUGAACUUCUUAUCAGUCUGUUCUAAAAGUUGUCAGUAGUAAAACUGUCCUAAUACUACUUCUGUGGUUUGAGAGACUUGAAAAAAUGAUCAGUUCUUAUGUACUCUUUUAUUCAGUUUCAUUUUUCACAUUCCUUGUAAAAUCAUGCUGUAAAACUGAGAUGCGUCUCCAGUAUUCGCAUAAGUGCCAUUUUUGAAUGUAUGUUAUAUAUUUCCACACUUCUGGUUAGUAGAAUAGUGUAUUGCCAUGGUUAUGAUUUAAAAAUUCUUAUCAGAUAAAACUAAAACAUCAGUAGAAAUGUUUUCCUUAUAAGGGCUUCAGGAUUUAGUCAGUACUCCACAUUUAUACAAGCUGUGACACAGUGGUGAUCAAAAUCUUCACGGAUCCUUUUACAUACAUGGGACGGACUGGUGUAAGAUAGCAGAAUGCUGAUUUCAGAGUACACCACCUGUGUAAUCACAAAAUACAAAUCUGUUCCACUGUAUGAAGCUUGGAAUUUGUUUUGAAGCUUAUAAAUUUUUGUUUGAAAAUCCUUUAUUUGUGCACUUAACUGUAAUUUAUUUAAUAUUUUCUGAUGUCUGAUUUCAAUUUAAGGUAAUGAGUAUGAAUACAUUUUUUCCAGAAAGUGAAAGUAGGAUAUAUUAUGAUUUUGUGUAACUGGGACCUCAUCUUUCAGUAAGAACAAAAUUGCUUUUUCAAUAAGAUCCUCUCUCUUGAAGAGUUGGGCUACAGGUCAUCUUGGCUGCAGCUUUUAUUUCACUGAAUCAAAUUCUGACAGUGGUAAUUGCAAUUGUGACAUUGAAAAAGAAUAUGGAAAUGGGUAAAAGAAAUAAAUAUAUUUCACCUGC